AUGAUGCCCCAAACAGUAUGUAGGUACUGGCUGCAGGGGUACUGUAAAUAUGGAGACUCGUGCCGGUUCGAUCACUCCAGAAGUAACUUAACAAUGUCAAAUGAGAAUCGAUUUGCUGCACUCCAACAUUCGCUCGACAAGAGUUCACAAGAUGGAGGAGGUCCAGGCUCGAAAAACCAAGCUGCUAUCAUCUUCGACAAGGAAACUAUAAUCGCUGAUCUCACUGUGGAAAAACCGCAAUGGAUCCUGAGCGCAUAUGGUCCUGCGAGGAAAUCUUCAGCACAACUGUUUGGGGGCUAUCCGCGAGAGCAGAGCUUUGAGGAAAUUCGGCUCCUUCAUUAUAUGGCAUCCCCUGACCCCCAACGAGUUCAGCAAGCAAUCUCGGAAGCCAACAAACUUGUACAGGAUGCAGAGCAACAGAUUCAGCAUACCAUCCAAAAUAUUGAUGACGCUAUAAAAUACUUAAAUGAGACUGGAAAAGAGGAGGGAAAUCGAUUUGGGAACUCCUUUGCCCAUAAUUCUGCCAAUCCAUUCGCGCCUCGAUCCUCCAUUCAGACAACUCCAUCUACUCCCCAAUCUAACAAUGAUAGGCAGCAACAAACGACAAAUGCUAUUGCGACAUUCGGGAAACCUACGUUGCCAGUUUUUGGUACUCCUACAGCACCUGCUGGGGCUUUUGGACAACCCUCAUUUCAAAGUCAGGCGACCAAUCCGUUUGCCUCAAAGCCUGUGUUUGGCGCACCCAGUCAACCGUCAAGCAUAUUUGGGUCAGCUGCUAUGAGUAAUUCAACAGGAAAUAACUUUGUUAAUCAGAAUCAAGUGCAAUUUGGGCAAAAUAAGCCUAACACUGAGAGCAACCCCUUCCAAAAGUACGCUUCGAACGAUACAAGAAGCCCCCUCGUCCAAUCUACAUCGAAUACAACCAGUCAGCAACACCCCUUUUCAGCUGCAUCGAAUCAGCUGAACCCUUUCUCUACACAAUCAUCUACCCCGAAUAAUAAACCAAGCCCUUUUUCUGCGCAAUCAUCUUCAGCGCAACAUCAAUCAAACCCCUUUUCCACAAAAUCAUCUAUUUCAGCGAGCCAACAAAAUCCAUUCUCGAUAGUGUCCCCUAGCUCCCCAUUUGGUAUGCCGCCCUCUACCACUGGUAAUGACACGCAGCCGGCGUCAAGACUUUUUGGCCAAAACGACCACAGAAAUCUAUCUCAGCAGCCAAAUAGUUUCAGUCCGGUGGCGAAUUCACAACCUUCUAUUUUUGGACAACCUUCAGCAUCAUUUAACCCCUUCGGUCCAUCAACAACAGCCCAACCUUUAACCCCAAAUCAUUCGAAAGAAAUCCCAAGAUCUUUAACCGAUCAAUCAAAAAAACCAUUACACCCGACAAAUGCAGAUCAAAUCAAAUCAUUUAAAGGCAAAUCCGUAAUAAUAAGGGAUUCUAAUCCUGGGUUCUUGAAUAAGGACGGAGUUUGGGAGAGAAUCUGGUUCCCAAACGGUAAACCUCCAUUUUCUGCUGAUGCCAAAGCACCGUGUGAUCUAGUAUACGAUGAUGCGAUAAUAAAAGCUUAUGACUACGCUAGAGUAAAGAAGGUAUUUGAGGAGGGUAUAAUACCACCGUUCCCGCCAAAGGAAGAAUGGUGUGGAUUUGACUUUUAG